CGCCGGUCGGUUGGCUAAUACACCCGCGCGUCGAACUCGACGCGACGUAAUAUUGGUUUACUAACACGAAUAAUUCAAUCAAACACGUUUAACAAGACAUAGACAAUAAUACAAUGGAAUUAAGCGUUGACGAAUUCAUAGAGGGCCUAUUCGCCAAACCAGCAUCCGAACAACCAUCGGACACCAAAAAGCCAGAAGAUAUGGAAAUGCGAAUACCAGAGUGGUUUGAUGAGAAGAAAUUUAAUAAAGCUCGACGGUUCUACUGGGAUAAUAGCUACCCGUUAACAGGGACGAUGCUGAUAGGUCUUGUAGCGGUAUUCGCCGUUCCCUCCAUAUUACGUGUUCUGGUCGGCUCGAGAAGAUCUUCCUCAACAUACACAGCGUACAAGAGAUAUAUGUCCACCUUGCUACAUACAGUAUCCUGGUUCGAGAAUGAACUCAAACCUGGCAGCAUUUCCUGGAAAUCCCUAAUGACAGUGCGCGCUCGCCACGUCAGAGCCAGCGUGGCGGCCGACCUCAAGGGCCAAGGGAUAGUCUCUCAGCGAGACUUGGCUCUCACGCAAUUCGGUUUUAUUGGUAUAUCGAUUCUGAAACCUGAUAAAUUCGGAAUACAGCAGAUGGAGGAAGGUGAUUGGGAAGCCUACAAUCAUUUCUGGAGGGUAAUCGGCCACGCGAUUGGGAUAGAAGACAGAUACAACAUCUGCCGAAAAAAUUUCGAGGAAACGCAACGAGUCUGUCAAAUACUGCUCGACCGCGUUUACACGCCGUACUUAGAGAACACACCAGAGUAUUUCGAGCACAUGGCUCGUGUGAUGUUGGACGGAAUGUGGAGCGUGAACCCCACCGUGCACACAGAUGGUCUCAUCUACUUCGCCAAGUACGUCUGCAACGUGCCUGGCUACAUUUACACGGAGGAGGACAGAAUAAACUUGCAGAGGAGGAUAAGGGAGAAGUUGAAUGGGCAAUCUGAAGACAUCGGCGUGGACGCGAUGUCACUCCUGGCUCCGCCGCUAGUGCAGCUACCAGCGCGGCGACCGCGACUCCUCUACCUACACGACUACGACUCCCUCUACCAGUGCCCUACAUACAAAAAACUGUCAAUCUCUGCAAAUUAUAAAUUAGCCGUACAAUACAUCAUCACAGCUAUAUACGGUUCAUUCAUAGGACGCUGGUACUUCAACGCGAUGUACAGGUUUAGUUUGUUGCUCAUGAAGUACUUCCCCUACGUCGCCUUAUUCAGAUUCGGUGUGAAGGAGGCGUACGUGAAUAUUUUUAAAGAGGAUCCAUUAAGCGACGACGAACCAAAAACAAACGAGUAUUAUUACAAUAGACCACCAUUACCUUUGUACAAAGAACUGUUGUCUAUGCUUUAGUAUAUAAAGCGUUUACAAGUAAUUUUACAUAAAUAUUAUAUAAUGACGAGAUAUUGAUUAUUUUUUUGAUAAUACAGUGGUAUGUGUUAGGUAAUUAAUCGCGAUAGUAAUUAAGAUAAGGAGCGUUGACCACUAUACGUAGUCGGCUGUAAUUAAUAUUUAAUGACUUAUCUUACAAAUCAAAGUCCGCGGUACCCUACCGUUCGCAAUUUAUCGCUUACGCUAUGAAAAUAGUGACUGGACAUACGUCCUGACAACACAAA